AUGGUAUCCUCACCUUCAUCAUCAUCAUCAUUAGCAUUCAUAUCUUUUACAUUACCACCAUCGCGAUACAAAAUGAUAGAAAUGAACGAUCGUGUUCCAACCUUCAAAAUGGCAACUAUUGAUGGACGAAAACCUUAUGCAGAUGGUGAUCAAGCCCAAGCAACUGUUAUUAAUAGUCUCGAACUUGUGAAAAAAUGCAAGCAAGAUCCAUCACUUAUUGUUGUCGAUAUUGGUGCUUUCCUGGAUAAUUAA